UUUGUUUUAUACUCCACUUACUUUUUUGGAGUGCUGCCUAAGGUACUGCACUGAGAGGUCAAGUGCAGCCCUCAGCAACCCAAAAUUUGUGCUCCCUGAUGUAUUUUAUCAUAACAAAUACUGUUUAUGUGGAUACAUGUAUAUGAAAUCAUGAAAACUUCCUUCAACGAACUGUGAAAAGUUUGUCUUGUGUGACGUUACAUUUUUGAAGUUCUUUUUAUAACAUGCCUAUUAUAUUUCUGAUUAUUUAGAAUCCAACAUAAAAAGAUUACAGCACUUGGCCUGCUAGGAAAAAAUAAUGAAUCACUGGCUUGAAAAGUUGUUCAUUUUCCUCCUGCUUGGUGCACUGCUUGAAAUACUUUUUUCCAUUCAUCGGCACACGGAAAUGACAGAUCACGAAAAAGAUUGGUUGAAAAUGCAAAAGGAUCGUAGAGACAGCUUGGAUUCCAUCUGCCUGAGCAAGAAUUUCUCAAGUUUAGAAAGAAAGCUAGAUGGAGAUGUAGCUAGACAGCUUUUUGUGGAUGAGAACUACAAAUUUAUCUAUUGUGAGGUGCCAAAGGUAGGCUGUUCUAACUGGAAGAAAAUUGUUUUGCUCCUCACCCUCAACCUGAGCAGGCCUGUCUCUGAAGUAACCGAGGACCAGGUUCAUAAAACAGAACUUCUAAAGCGGUUGAGUUCUUAUCCAUCCAAACAACAAGCAGAACUUUUGAAUUCCUUCACUAAAGUGAUGUUUACCAGACAUCCUCUAGAAAGACUGGUCUCUGCUUACAGAGACAAGUUCUUGCACCUUGCACCUUACUAUAGCACCACAGUGGCCAAUGAGAUCAAAGCCUUGUUUAGGAAGAACAAAAACCUUACGGGGAAUGUGACUUUCCAAGAGUUUGUAAACUUUGUUGUGACACGCAAUACCAAGUAUUUGGAUAUACACUGGAAGCCAAUGUCCCAGCUGUGUGAUCCCUGCAACAUUCACUAUGAUAUUCUGGGAAAGUAUGAGACACUGGAUCAGGAUGUCAGUCAUGUUCUCAGCAGAAUCAGAGUUCCAGAGAGCAUCCGUUAUCCAGACAGCAAGCUCUAUACGAAAAGGACAAACAAGGACAUCACUACCCAGUAUCUAAAAGAACUGAACUGGGACCAAAUACAGAAACUCAUGAAACUUUAUCAGAUGGAUUUCUCUUUGUUUAAUUAUUCUUUUACUGUUAGAAUGGAAAUGUCAUUUUAGGGGCUAGUCAUAUCUCUGUUUUCUGGAUUCCUACAUUUGGGAGUAAGACAAGGAUUUGCUAGAAAAAAAUACAUUUCCUUAGGUGGCAAUCUGUUCCUGAACUGCCUCUUUAAAGAUGUUUACUUGGUACUUUCACUGAUUUCAUUUAGAUGUCAAACAUUUUAUUAUUCUGUAAAUUCUGUAAAUUUGAUUUUAUUGAUAACUUGUUUUAUUUCAGCA